AUGGAGGAGGCGGUUUCCAUGGCGACCGUUGCUAUGCUGAUGGCUACUGGUGAAGGGCCUGAGAGCAUCCCAGAGAGGUUCACCCACCAGCCUCUCCCCGUGGGCCGUCUGGGGGUGUCGGUGCAAGCACUGGUGGGGCUGGACCUGCUCACGCGUGUCCCCAUUUGGCUGCAGGCUCAGCGCUGGCGCAAUGAGAACUACGAGAGGCCCGUGGACCUGGAGGGCUCUGGGGACGAUGACCCCUUUGGGGAUGAUGAACUGGACGACGUCUACUCGGGCUCAGGCUCAGGGUAUUUCGAGAGGGAGUCGGGGCUCGAGACGGCCGUGAGCCUCCCCACGGACACAUCCAUCGCUCUGCCCACCACGGCGGCCGUGGUGCCCAUCACCAUGGUGCAGCCCGUGGCUACCCCCUUUGAGCCCUUCCCUGCUGAGGACACCACCCCCGAGCAGACCACCAGCGUCCUGUACAUCCCCAGGAUGACAGAGACACCGGUUAUCCCCAGCUGGAAAGCAAGCACCACCAGUACCACUGCCAGCAUCUCCCCUACCACCAUGACCACCACCACCACCACGACCACAGCCAGCACGACCACCACCACCACCGCGGCCACCACCACCACCAGCACCAGCACCACCGUGGCCGCUGCCAAGCCCACCACCAUCAGGAGGUUCCUGCUCCCCUUGGUCACCAAGGCAGCCACCACCCGGGCCACCACCCUGGAGACCCCCACCACGUCCAGCCUCGCAACCAGCACCCCAACAGAGGUGGCCACGACGCGGCUUGUCCCCACCAGCACGGCCAAACCCAGGUCACUGCCAAAACCAACCAUGUCCAGGACUGCAGAGCCCACAGACAAAAGCACUGCCUUGCCUUCCAGUCCUGCCACGCUGCCACCCACAGAAGCCCCCCAGAUGGAGCCAGGGAAGGUGACGACAGCCCUCGACAACGAGCUGGAGGUCCCGGUCAGCAGCGGCCCCAGCGGGGACUUUGAGAUCCGGGAGGAGGAAGAGACGACUCGUCCCGAGCUCGGCAACGAGGUGAUGGCUGUGGUGACCCCCCCAUCGGGACCCGGGCUGGGCAAGAACGCGGAGCCGGGGCUGAUGGACAACACGAUAGACUCGGGCAACUCGGCUGCUCAGCUCCCCCAGAAGAACAUCCUGGAGAGGAAAGAAGUGUUGAUAGCGGUGAUCGUGGGAGGCGUGGUGGGAGCUCUCUUCGCUGCCUUCCUUGUCAUGCUGCUCAUCUACCGGAUGAAGAAGAAGGAUGAGGGCAGUUACACGCUGGAGGAACCCAAGCAAGCCAACGUGACGUACCAGAAGCCUGACAAGCAGGAGGAGUUUUACGCGUAGAAGGAGAGCCUGGCGUGCCUCACGCUCCCUCCCUCCCCGCUCCAAACUCUUCCUCCUCCUCUACUUCAUCCAGUCUCUCUCUUUCUCUUUUUAUUUCUCUCUUCUUUGGAUCAGACUGUGAAUUUAAAAAGCAAAACCUGCAACAGCUAAAGGAGAAAACACAUCUUCAGCAGGAUGGAAAACCAAGUGCCCAGAGCAUCGCUGAGUUCAGACCGAGUACCGCUGGCCUUUCACAGUGGGAGGCAUGGGGCAUGGAGCCAACACCAAGGAACCCGUGUCCAGGGAGCACCCUGGUGAGCAUGGGACAGUGUGUUCAGGCUGCCAACAAUGGCUGGAGGUCACUGGGCUUUUCCCACCAACACAACGGACUCUGGGAUCCAGACACCUUCUACCAGCCCUGGGGCGCAGGGGGGUUGGUUUGGAUUUAUCUUCCUUUAUUUUUCCCUUUGGAAAGGAGGGAGGUUUCUUUCCCUCUCUCUUGUUUUUAAUUCUUCUUUUCUUUUUGAACGGGGUCGGUUGCUUUGCAGGAAUUUCCUUGCUCCCUGCUUCUGUCUGAAGAGAGGACACGACUCUCAAAUACGCUUCGAACCUUGAAAACAAGCACAAGGGGCUGGAAUACCUGAUGCCCCAGGGUUUGCUCUUGGAGUGAGGAAAGGCAAAAACACACACAGAAGUGGCCAGUACGCUGGAAAUGAUCUUUUUAGAUCAACUCUUUGGAGAGUUUGUGGAGCAGUGCAUUGGGGUAUCAUCUCCUGCUGCUCUCCUCCUGCCACCACCUCGCUUCACUGCAUCGCUGUGCACAGCCAGAGACCUUAAAUCUAUAGAAGCCGCGUGUCGCCGGCCGCUGAGGGGUUUGGUGGAGAAGGGACCUUGCUUUUGCUGGGUUUUCACUGUGACCAAUAAAACUCAGCUUGCGCAGUA